AUAAAUUAUGAAUGAUUAUACAAGGAGAUGAAUAAAACUUGUGAAUAUUAUGAUACAUGUAUAUUGGUCCUUAUUAUCAUAAGUUUUAUUAUUCUUAACAGUCACUUGAAAAAACAAUUGAUCUUAUCAGCUACGUUUGCUUGUCCUGUCAAUAGUUCAGAGAAAUGCUGUUUUCAAAUAAUUCAUUGGCAUGCUAAUGUAAGGUAUUACAAAAUGUCAGUUAAAUCAGAAAAAUAUUCAUGUACGUCAGUUCAACGACAUUUAGAAAAUGCUACAGGCUCCUUUUCGGAUGUCUUGAUCAGUGACAAAGAAAUUAAUUGCAGACGAGUGAAGUCUGAAUCAAAUGUUCAUUACUCUGUAAAUUAUGAUGAUUUAUGUGGAACAAUAUGGCCUUUAAUUACUUUACAAAAUCCGGCACACACCCGAAGUUAUAUUUUUGCAGUAAAGCCCAAAUUAUGUGUCUGGGAGUUCAUUACUCCACAGGACCUAUCUUAUCUUAAAGAAAAGCAACAGAACAAGCAUGAUGUACUUGAAUUGCUUGAUAGGAAGUUACAAGAGAAAGAAGUACACGAUAGCACUAGCAGAGACAUUUUUUUAAAACUGAUGUUUGAAAUAUUCCAAUUCUCUCGAGACAAUGAUUUUACCGAGAAAAGCGUUUCUGCUCUACUGGGAAUUUUUUAUAAUACACAUAAAUUUUUCUUAUUGAGUCCAUGGCGUACUGCUGUCGAAACUAAUGAAUUUUUUCGAGAAUCUUUGUUACUGCACACUGUGAUGCUGCCACCUAAAAGCGAUGAGAUAUUUAAUUUAACUGAAUGUCAUAAAAGUUUAGAAUUAUUCUGGCAGAUUUACAUGAGAAACAUUUCUCUUAUUCGCUUCACCUGCGUUCCCAAUUAUCGUUUAAUAUUGUCACUUCCGCUAUCGAAAGAUCAGCACGAAGAUAAGGACUCCCUAGCACAGAGUACCGGGAUUGUAUAA